AUGAUCCACGAUGAAAUGGUUCUCGGAGCUAUUCUUAUUCACUGCCUUUAUUUCCUGGUACCUAUCAUUGUUUUGUUAAAUGUGAAAUUUCUGCUUCAGUUAGUAAAUUGGAAACUGAACACCACGGGCAUGAAUGCUUCAACGGAGAGCUUUCUCAUCCUUCAUCGUUUCGGUUGGGUAAGUGGAUCUCUUCUCGUGAAAAAUACAGAUCGUCUCUGUACAUCCAAUGAAUUGCUUUACCAAAUGCACAUGCUGUCCAAGCCUAUAAUUCUAAGUCCUAAUUUGAGCUCCACACUUCCAGGACGCCAGACGGUCCUUCUUAUAACCGGUGCUCUAGCACCGCAAAGAAAGGGUUGCGAAAAACUGUACGAAUGUCUACGUAAGGCUCACAAGGACAACAAAAAUUCCAUGUCUACGCGUGAGCUCGUGGUAAUAGAAAAUGUCGCAAAUGUUCUGGCCGAACGCCCCGACAAAGUGAUCGAGAGCAUGCAAUACUUCAUUCAAGGAAUCGGUCUUUGUAAGUUGCAACGGCAUUUGCCAACCUCUGUCUUCUCUUUUCUAAAAGUGAGUCACGUGAAGAUGCAAACGACCCCGCUAAGUCUAAAUCGAAGAAUGUCCAUGGAGGAUUAUGAUCGUCCACUGGGGAAAAUCCAGCUAUCGGCUGGGUUUCGUUCGAGUCUUUUGACAUCGGAUGUGAUAGAAGACAAGGAACAGUUCACUGAUGCAUGCGAGAAGGAAAAGGUAGGAAGGACCUAUGAUGAUGAUGAUGAUGAUGAUGAUGAUGAUGAUGAUGAUGAUGAUGAUGCGAAUGAUGAUGAUGAUGAUGAUGAUAAUGAUUAUGAUUAUGAUGAUGAUUUGAUGAUAAUGAUGAUGAGAAGGACCAAUGAUGAUGAUGAUGAUGAUGAUGAUGAUGAUGAUGAUGAUGAUGAUGAUGGGGAUGAUGAUGAUUGUGGUGGUGAGAAUUAUGGCCAUGGUGAUGGUGAGAAUGAUGAUGGUGACGAUGAUGAUGAGUUACUGGCCAAGUGGUACGGUCCUUCUGCAGUACUGUACUCUGUUGGUUUUGACUACAUGCUUUGCAGAACGCAUUCGGAAGACGAUUUAUAUUUUCAGGCCAUUUGA